CCGCUGUGCGUAGCCCAUUUUAAACCAGCUAGGACACUGUCGGGAAGCGCUCUGUUUUUUUGGGCUGGCUGAUUAUGCUAGCGGUUCGGCUAACGUUAGCCUGCUAACACUAGCGUUUAUUCGAUUUAAAACACAAGAUUUGUUUACGGUCCGUCGCUAAGGACGCUGUACUUUUUUAUUUUCUCGAUUUUCAUCACAAUGGGAAGCUAGUGAGGAAGUUUUGUCCUUCUCUUUGCAUUGGUAUCCAGUGUCAGACAGACAAAACAGUCCACCGAGGCUGUUUGCUAAUGUUACAGUGUUUGCUUUGAGCUAUGCAAGCAUAGGACGCCGAUUGUUUUGUGCUGCGGACAAACUCAAACUGGGGACAGUCAGCUGAAUAUCCUCUCCCAUCCCCCUUACCCCCUCUGUCAGAGCAUGGCUCAGGAGACCAAUCAGACGCAGGUGCCAAUGCUUUGCACUAUGGGAUGCGGUUUCUAUGGUAACCCCCGCACCAACGGCAUGUGCUCCGUCUGCUACAAGGAACACCUGCAGAGACAACAGGGAGGGGGGCGAUCCAGCCCCCCGGGAGAGAAAGCUGCUACAUCACCGGCAGGAUCACCAGGGUCAGCUGGUGUGACUGUGGAGAGUACAACCUCAGAGCCCAGUACAGAGGUGGCAGGAACACCACCUGAGGAACAAACAGCCAGUCCCAGCUCUCCCAGCCCGGUAACUCAACAGAUGACAGCAAUGAGCAUCUCCCAGGAUUCAGGAGCUGUAGACUCUGAUCGAGCGGAGGCUGACGAGGGGGAAGAGGAGGGUACUUCCAACAGCUCAGAGCCAGUGGGUGAAGCAGCACAGGCUUUGUCCGAUAGUGACCAAACUCCAGAUAAAAAUAAGAAAAAGAACCGCUGCUUUUCUUGCCGGAAGAAAGUGGGCCUUACUGGUUUCGACUGUCGCUGCGGCAACCUGUUCUGUGCCAUUCACCGUUACUCUGACAAACACGACUGUCCCUACGAUUACCGGAGUGCAGCCGCUGCCCGCAUUCGCAAGGAGAACCCCAUCGUGGUGGCUGAGAAAAUUCAGAAGUUAUGAGGACUGAGUGCAAAAAAAAACAAAAAAGAAGUCUCUCUGACUUUGUGAAUUUGAACAAUGGCGACUUGGAUGAAAAUACCUGAUAUCAUGGCUUCAUUUGUACAUGGUAGUCUAAGACGGGCGGGGUGGGGUGGUGAGGUUGCAGCCACUGUCCGGAUGCUUCCCUUACGAGCAUCUCCCUCUCUCUCCACUAGUGACUGCGGUUGAACCUGUGUGUGUGUGCGUGCGUGUGUGUGUGUGCGUGUGUGUGUGUGCGUGUAUGUAUGCGUGCACAUUUGCUUGAGAGUCGGGGAGAGAGCCGUGGGGGCAGGGCAGACAUUAGUGUUGCUGUGGGGAGGGAAGGCAUUUGAUUUUCACCCCUUUUUGUUUCUCAGCUCGGGGGAUCGUGUGGGUUUAUUUUUAUACAAUCCCUGUAAGGAAGUUGAAAAGACACAGGGGUAAGCUGUGGAGGAAUGUGCCACGGCCUGAUAAUGACACAGAGGUCAAAUAAGAAGGUCUAACAAGUUUUUAAAAUAAAAAAAAUACCUAACCGGGAGAUUUCAUGUAUCAGCAAGACCUUGAAAGGGCUUUGGAAUAUAAUUUUUUUUUUUCUCCCAGACUGAAAAUGAUGUCAACUUCUUGUCAAAUUGGCAUAUUUUUUCCCCAAACCUCCUCUAACCUUUUCUCUCUGGGUCACCAUACGUUGAACUCCCAAGUCUCAGCAUUUUCCAGAAGCGUUUCUCUUUGAUAUAUUGACUUAUCAUACUGAUAUUGGGUGCAUGAACAGUUAUUGGAGGGGGAAGGUCGGGGAGGGCAAGGGUAGGGGAAACUGAGAACCUUGACUUAACUGAGUGAUUGAAUUCUGUGUUUUUUUUUCCUUUUUUUUUUCUUCUUUUUUUUUCUGUUUUAAUGAGCGUAUGACAUCAGAAGAUCUAUAUUAAUAUAUUGUAGUUAGCUUGAAUUGUGUGAUUGCAUUCUAUUUAUUUUUUAUCGUUUGGUUGGUCUCUGCUGGAGGAUUGGCAGCAUGUGUCAGCAAAUCAUUAAGAUUUGCACUUAACCUUUUCGAUUAUAUUUAAGUAAUUACCAUCUUGAUUAUAUAACCAUUGAAUAAAAAAUACACAAGCUCUGA